AUCUAGCCUCCGCAGUUCUGAAACUCGCCACCGUUCCCAUCAUUCUGUUUUUCUUUUUCAUUUCCAUUUCUACUUUAGUAUAAAAUUAAAAACUAAACACGUGGCCAAAUCUGGAACGUCAGAUAUAUCUAACGGUCUACAUUGAGAAAAAUUCAUGUUCUUUCCCACUCUAAAAUCAGCUAAUUCAGAUCCAACAUCUUCUCUUAAAUGCGAGCAACGUUCCAUAUCAAUUUCAUUUAACACUCUCUUCUUUUUUUGUCUUUUUCACUUUACUUCUCUCCUAUAAAAGUUAGUGAAAUUCUUAACUCUCUGCCUCAAUUUCCACCUGUUUCUUUUUUCUGUCAUUUUCUUCCAAUUCCUCUAUUCUUAACAAUGGCUGAUUCCAAAGAUUCCUUCAAGAUGGAACCCAAAUCUUCAUCUUCAUCCAACACAACCACAACCACAACCUCGUCCUUACAAAAACAUCAUACAACUUUCAUGAUGGCCCAAAACAUCCUCAGAAUCUUAGUCAUUAUCCUCACUGCUGUUUCAAUUCUUGUUACCGUCACCAACAACCAAACCGUUACGCUGUACACUUUUCAAUUUGAAGCUCACUUUUAUUACUCUUCAUCUCUCAAGUUCUUUGUUGCUGCAAAUAGUGUCGUCUGUUUCUUGUCUGUGCUAUUACUCAUAUUCAAUCUUUUGAAGAGGAGGCAACAAAAACAUCAACUAAAAGAUUACUACUUCUUCCUAUUUUUGUUUGAUUUGGUGAUGACGGUGUUGUUGAUAGCUGGAUGUGCAGCUGCCACAGCCGUUGGAUUUGUGGGACAGUAUGGAGAAGACCAUGUGGGUUGGACUCCAAUAUGUGACCAUGUGAAAAAGUUCUGUAAAACCAAUUUGACUUCACUUUUGAUUUCAUAUUUGGCUUUCUUUGCCAAUUUAGGACUCACAGUUUUAAUAGCUUACACAUGUACCUCAUAAAUGUUUCUCUUAUGAAUUACUUCAUUUUCACACGUAUCUUAUUCAACAUGCUCCAAUAAACAUGUUCCAAUA